AUGUCAUCCAGAGGCCAAAAACCAGUCUAUUUCUCCAAUGGAGAGUUCCUGGAGACCCCCCCAAUGACCGUGCGGCUCACCCGCUUCGUCGAGAGCGUCUACUACUUCUUCGGCCUGUACUUCAGCAGCCUCUUCGCGCUCGACUCGUACGCCGCCGCGGAAAGGUCUUCAUUCAACAUCAACAACUCGACGAACAGAUAUACUACUCGUUCUCGUUGGGGAACCUCGUCUUCUAGCGGAGGUGGCGGUGGUGGAGGCGGCGGCGGCGGCGGCGGCGGCAGUGGUCCGGGAACUGGUCCCCGGCGUCUGGGGCGUGUUGAUGAUGUUCGCGGGCCGGAGUGUAUUCUGGAAAAGGCACUAAACAUGAGCGCAAUCCCAGGCAACGACGCCGAAUGGGCGGCUAAGCUAGCGUGCAUGAAAGAGGACCUACCAAAGCAGAACCUCUCCCAGCCUCCAAUGCCGCUGGCCGUGAACGGAACAAUAGACCACACUCUCCUGUCGACUCCAAUCGAGGAAUCCCAGAUCGACAAGCUAUGCGCGGAAGCCUGCGAGUAUGACUUUGGCGCCGUCUGCGUGCGUCUGCAAUAUGUUGCUCGUGCAGUAAGCCAGCUCAAGGGCACGAAGACGGCUGUUGCGUGUGUCGUUGCCUUCCCCGAAGGAACACAUGAGACGAGUGAGAAAGUGCGCGAGGCGAAGGAGGCUGUUGAGCAGGGUGCCACGGAGCUGGAUAUGGUCAUUCGGUACAAUCUUUUGAAGGAGGGGCGGUAUACGGAGAUUUACCAAGAUAUCAUUGCAGUGCGCAAAGCUGCGCCGCCGCCGAUUGUCUUGAAAGCCAUUGUUGAAUCGUCCGUUCUGGACAAAGACCAGUUGCUCGACGCGACAAUCCUUGUCUGCAUGGCCGGUGCGGAUUACAUCAAGACGAGUACUGGAUGGAAUGGCGGUGCUUCCGUUGAACAUGUUAAGCUUAUGAGGUCUGCGGCGGAGCUGUGCGGACGGGGUACUAAGAUUAAAGCGAGUGGAGGCUUGAAGACUGCUGAUGAUGCGGUGAGAAUGUUGAAGGCCGGUGCGCAUCGGAUUGGGACUAGUAGUGGUGUUCAGAUUAUGAAGAAAAUCGAUGAGGGUGAGAGUUUGAAACAGGGUGCUGGUCAUGCUACUGCUUGA